CACCAGUGAAACCCCCAUUGUGACUGGCCUAAGGGUGUCCACAGUGCGUGACAUGGCAUUCGCCUUCCCCCUUCCACAUCAGAGAUUCCCAGCCACGUAUACUUCUCCCGCUAGAAACUGAAGAACGCGGAGCCAAACAAAGCUCCCCGUUCCUCAUCAAAGUUGUCAGUGAUUCCUCAAUCCUCGUGCCGAGCAGCGUGUACGCCUCACUCCGCCUCAUCACCCGAGGCGCCCCAAUCUCCCUCGGUCUCUCCGCAGCUCCCUCUCCCUCUCUCUCUCUCUCUCCAUUCGGUGGGCAGCGGCCUGCGUCACGAGGCAGCGGGGGAGGGGUGGCUCGGCGGCGGUGCGGGGUGGCGGUGCUCGGCCACAGCGGCGCGCGGGGUGGCGUCAUGGUGGAGGAAGAGGAUGACGCGGGCGGCGGAUCCGGUGACGGGGAGGCAUGAGGGCGGCGGAUCCGGCGAUGGGGAGGCACGAGGCAGCGGAUCCGGAGGAGACGUCAGGGCGGCGGAUCCAGCGACAGGGAGUGCGCGAGGUGGCGGAUCCAGCGACGGAUGUGGCGGCGGCAACUCCAUCCGGCGGCGGAUCCACCGCAGCCAAGUCCCCGCUCCUCCCUCCUCCCCUUCCCCUGCCGUCACCACCCCCUCUCCCUUUCUCAGAUCUGGCACGCGGGGAGUGGUGGAGGCUGCGGCGGGGCUCUGCAACGGCAGUGGCGAGGCGGAGGCGGUGGAGGCCGGUGGGGCUCGGCAGCAGCGGCGUCGAGGCGGAGGCGGUGGAGGCCGACAGGGCUCGGCUGCAGCGGCGUUGAGGCAGAUCCGGCGGUGGUGGUUCUCAUCGGCCACUUCAAGGAUGACGACGGCAACCUCGAGUCGAGUGCGACAACGCCGGCGACGGGUUCGCUUGGGCCAACGGCGGCCGGCGGAUUUUUGUGAUGAUGAUGUCUUGUGAUGCUUCAGCUGUUAAUGUGUUGAUAUUUGUGACGCUGGAAUGCUAUGUUAAUGUCCAUUUUCAUUUUUUUUGCAACUUACUGGAUGAGACGGUAGAAAGAGAUUUCAGGGAUUUAUUUUUUUCCUUGGAAAAUUAUUUUCACUGGCGGUUGGCAUAACACAGCUGCCAUCGAAAAUAAUUUCACUAGAGGCCCUUGAAAGGAAGCCGCUAGCGAAAAUUAUUUUCGCCGGCGGUGGUCUUAAGACUACCGCCAGCGAAGAUAUGUCUUUGCUGGCGACUAGCUUAAGAUAG